UUUUUUUUUUAUUUUACAGCUGACUAUGAACUCACUCAACUCCAGGAAAGACUGAGAGAGACAGAAGAAGCUAUGGAAAAAUUAAUCAACAGAGUAGGACCUAUGUAUGACAGCAGGACUCAAAAUGUUACAACAGACCAGGAAAAAUUGUUACUUCAACAACUCCGAGAAAUUACUAGAGUUAUGAAAGAAGGAAAAUUCAUAGAUGACAUCUCUCCUGAGAAGGAAGCUGAAGAAGCUCCUUACAUGGAGGACUGGGAAGGUUAUCCAGAAGAGACCUAUCCUGUCUACGAUAAUUCCAGUUGCUGCAAGCGCAAACAGGACACAAUCCUUGUAGAUUACCCUGACCUGAGCCAACCCUCUCCAGAAGAGCUGGCAGAAAGAAUGGAGGGCAUGGAAGAUGAUUAUCUUUGUGAUGAAACCCUGCUAGCUGAUCUCACCACGGGAAGGGGUGGUCAGAAUUUAAUGCAGAAAAAGGAUGAGGAGACUCUCACUGGUGAAGAGAAGGAGGACCUUCAUCACAGCCAAAGCACUGAGGACUGCUGCUGUUGUUAUGGGGAUGAUCCUGCUGUCAUAGCAGAGAAUGCUGGAUUCCACUCUGAGAGCUGCAGUGAAGCUGAAGAGACAACCCAAGAAGACAUGUCUGUGGAGUCAGAAAAUGAAAGUGCAGCACUAGAAGAGCAGAAAGCCACUGAUUCAGAUGAAACUUCAGGCACGCUGAGAAAGCGCAACACGAAAGGACUUGAUUGAUAGGGAACAUAGGGGAUGUUACCUGGAUGGCAAAGGUAGAGAGUAUAAAGUGUCAUUUGUAAGGCUUUUGUUCCUGAUGAAGACUUCCCUGUGUUCAUGUCCUUGUACCAAUUUCAUUCUCGUGGUACCGGUCACAUCACCUACCUGAACUGGAACCCUCUUUCAUGCACUCCCAUCGUGGGUUACCAUGAUGUUGCCAACAGCGCUUUGUCCUUGAUUUUUGAAGCGUGGUAUCUUGGAGCAGAUGAUGUAUGGAGCACAUAUUUGUGACUCUUUCCUUUCCAGUUCCAAGGGAACAGUCCGUAGUUUUGCCCUUUGUCAUCCCAGAGUUAACCAAAUGUCUCUUCUGACUUUUUCAAAAAAAGUCAGCGCUACCAGUGCUACAUCUGUGUGCUA